GCCAUCUCAUCUUUCCAAAGCAGCACUCUCUCUCUCUCUCUCUCUCUCUCUCUGAAUCUUCGCAGCCUAUACUGAGGAGGAGGAGGAGGAGGAGGAGGGGGGUCCUGUAUUCUCGGAAUCUUUGGCCUUGAAAUUUCCCCGCCACGCCUCUCAGCCUCCAUUUCCGUACACCCCCCUGAGGAAAAGUGAUCCCUGAAAACGAUGCAGAGGAUCACCGCCGCGAAGAGGGCCCUGGCUGCCCAAGCCCACCGGACCUUCUCCCAGUCGGCCGCCUCCCUCCGGGAACCUGAGCUCCCCAAAAUGCCGGCGUUCGAUUACACCCCCCCGCCCUACUCUGGCCCCCCCGCGGCGGAGAUCCUCGCCAAGAGGAAGGAGUUCCUCAGCCCCUCCCUUUUCCAUUUCUACAAGAAACCCAUCAACAUCGUGGACGGGAAGAAGCAGUACCUGUUCGACGAGGAAGGGAGGAGGUACCUGGACGCGUUUGGCGGGAUCGCCACAGUGUGCUGCGGCCACUGCCACCCCGAUGUGGUCUCCGCAGUAGUCAAGCAAAUGAACCGCAUCCAGCACUCCACCGUGCUCUACCUGAACCAUGCCAUCGCCGACUUCGCCGAGGCCCUGGCAUCAAAGAUGCCCGGUGAUCUCAAGGUGGUUUUCUUCACGAACUCGGGGACGGAAGCAAAUGAACUGGCGCUGAUGAUGGCGAGACUGUACACGGGAUGCCAGGAUAUCAUAUCCAUUAGGAACGGGUACCACGGGAACGCGGCAGGGACCAUGGGAGCCACUGCCCAGAGCAUCUGGAAAUUCAACGUGGUUCAGAGCGGAGUCCACCACACCUUAAACCCAGAUCCAUACCGAGGAGUUUUUGGAUCUGAUGGAGAGAAGUACGCAAAGGACGUGCAAGAUCUCAUCAACUUCGGCACUUCGGGUCACGUGGCUGGCUUCAUCUCCGAAGCUAUACAGGGUGUUGGAGGAAUUAUAGAGCUUGCCCCGGGUUAUUUGCCUGCUGCAUACAGCACUAUCAAGAAAGCUGGAGGCCUUUGUAUAGCUGAUGAGGUUCAAUCAGGAUUCGCUCGUACAGGGAGUUUCUGGGGGUUCGAAUCCCACGGGGUUGUCCCCGACAUCGUAACAAUGGCCAAGGGCAUUGGAAAUGGGAUCCCGCUCGGUGCAGUGGUGACGACUCCUGAGAUUGCGGAGGUCCUGACUCGCCGCAGCUACUUCAACACCUUCGGUGGCAACCCAGUCUGCACUGCUGCAGGGCUGGCUGUGCUGAAUGUGAUCGAGAAGGAAAAGCUUCAGGAGAAUGCUCAUGUAGUGGGAUCCUACUUGAAGGAGAGGUUGCUUUCCCUCAAGGAUAAAUAUGAACUUGUCGGGGAUGUGAGGGGCAGGGGCCUAAUGCUAGGGCUCGAGCUUGUUACCGAUCGCAAAUUGAAAACACCUGCCAAAACUGAGAUUGUACAUGUGAUGGAACAGAUGAAAGAUAUGGGAGUCUUGGUCGGUAAGGGAGGGUACUAUGGGAACGUGUUCCGGAUAACUCCUCCUCUCUGCUUCACCAAAGAAGAUGCAGAUUUCCUAGUGGAUGCGAUGGGCUAUACACUAUCGAAGAUGUGAAGUCUCUCCAGGAUCUUAGAUAUCUGAAAGUCGAGACAUGCUUUGCUUGUUCUGUCCUGCUGCAAUCUCCUGGUGCAACCAGAGGGUCAAGUUUUCUUACAUUCGAAUAGCCCAACUGGUGAUUCUAUCUCCGAGGGCAGUUUGUUCAAUCCCGAUUUUAAGCCCUGCUUUUAAUUCUUAGUGAAAUGGUAGUUUCAUUCAAAACAAAGACAAUCUGUAAUGGCUUAGGAGUGACAGGGCCCAACUGGCUAGGAAUGCAAACAUCCAUGCCGGUUGAUGAGUGAUCGGCAGUGGGCUGAGAGAGUUCCUGACUAAUGUAUCUGCUGCCCGGUUUUCCAUCCCACUGCCGGAAUCAUCACCAUCGCCACGUUACGAACACUACUUAUGCUCCAAUGAAUCACGUCCUCUUGAAUUUUUUUUAUGGA